AUGAAUACUUUACGGUUAUUGACCAAUGCCUUGAAGGCAACAAAUGGCAGCAUCAAUUGUCUACAGAAACCAUUGCGGGAUGAACAAAUUUGCCAUCUAAAACGUGCAUUUCAUCAUCGAUCAGCAGCAGCAGCUGUGUUUAUACGUAACGACGCAACAAAAACAACAACAUCGGGCACAUUAACCGGCAGCAACCAAUAUCGCGGGGAACAAAAUCAACUACAAUGUGGUGGGCUUUUGUGGAAGAACAACAUCACUGCAACCAGUCCAUUUUGCUCGACAACAAGGCGGCUAUUCACCACAAAACAGACACCAGAUCAUACCAAUAAAUCCGACACCAAAUCAGCUGUAGCCUCAUCGGCCGAACUGAAUGAUGUCCUCUUUGGUGAGGCAUCCAAUUUGGGUUUAUUUGCCAAAUUCAAAUUGAUGUAUAAGAAAUAUUGGUAUGUCCUGAUCCCGGUGCAUGUUGUAACAUCAGCCGGCUGGCUGGGUGGUUUCUAUUAUCUGUCACAAAGUGGCGUUGAUGUUCCCGCUGUUCUUCAAUAUUUACACCUGAGUGAAACUAUUAUCGAGAAAGUUCAAGGCUCAAGUUUGGGUCACUGGGCUGUGGCAUAUCUAUGCUAUAAAGUAGCAACACCAUUACGUUAUGCUGUUACACUUGGUGGUACCACUGUCUCCAUUAAAUAUCUGGUACAGGCUGGUUAUAUUAAACCCAUGCCAACUAAAGCUGAAAUUAUUAAAAUGUACGAAGAUAAAAAAGCUCAACGGGCUGCCGAUAAGGCUUCAGCUCAACAGGAAGAGCCGCAUGAACAAAAAUGAUUUUUAACGCCACACUGCAAAUUGAAA